CCUGCUGUUUUGGUAUGGCUGUUUCUUCAAUCCUAUACAUUCUUCUUCUCUUAUCUCUGUCUUUUCGAUGUUCUUCAUCUUCAUCACUCAACAGUGGCUUCUCUCUCUCAGUGGAGAAACCAGAAGAUGUUAUCCUGUCACAAAACGGCGUCUUCUCUGCCGGCUUUUACCUCGUUGGUGAAAACGCCUGUGUAUUCUCCGUUUGGUUCACCCAAACCCUCACUGUCGUUUGGACAGCAAACCGUGACCAACCCGUCAACGGAAAACGGUCAUCACUUUCCCUUCUCAAAACUGGAAACCUUGUCCUCUCUGAUGCCGGACAGUUCAACGUGUGGUCGACCGGCACCACCUCGUCUUUGCCGACCCAGUUGGUUCUUAACAACAAUGGAAAUCUAGAACUCUACGAGAACCCAAUACGAGGAAGCAAAAUUCUAUGGCAGAGCUUUGAUUUCCCGACAGACACUCUGCUUCCCGGACAACAACUGACAAGAUUUACAAAGCUUGUCUCUGGCAGAAGUGAAACCAAUCAAUCAUCUGGCUUCUACAAGUUUCUCUUUGACGACAACAACAUUCUCAGCCUUUUGUACGACGGUCCCGAUGUCUCCAGCAAAUAUUGGCCUUCGCCAUGGCUUUUGAGCUGGGAAGCUGGAAGAAGCACCUAUAACAGUAGCAGAAUCGCAGUGUUAGAUUCAAUUGGAGGUUUCAGUUCAACAGACAAGUAUAACUUCACAACUUCUGAUUAUGGGGCUUUGAUACAAAGAAGAUUGAAAUUAGAUCCUGAUGGAAACAUUCGAGUGUACAGCCUGCAGAAUAAUCUAUGGAAGGUGACGUGGCAAGCCAUAUCUGAUUCCUGUAUCGUGCAUGGAAUUUGUGGUGCUAAUAGUACUUGCAUCUAUGAUCCUAAAGAAGGAAGGAAGUGCUUGUGUCUUCCAGGCUAUAGAGUGAAGAACCAUAGCGAUUGGUCUUAUGGUUGUGAACCCAAGUUUCAACUCUCGUGUGAUAAAAAUGAGUCUACCUUCUUCAAAUUGUUCGAUGUUGAGCUGUAUGGGUAUGACGUUGUCUAUGUGAAAAACAUCACUUUUAAUGAUUGUAAGGAUGAUUGUUUGAAUGAUUGUGACUGCAAGGCGUUUCAGUACACAAUGGACCAGCAAGGCUUAUUUCAAUGCUUUACGAAAAGAGUUAUGCUUAACGGUCAUCAUUCACCAAGUUUCGAAGGAGCGACCUACUUGAGACUCCCAAAAUCCCUUAGCAGCAGUGUUUUGUUCCAUGAAGAAGAAGAACCAACUCAAGAGAAUGGUAAUGUUUGCCCGGUGAAGCUUGAACGAGCCUAUACCAAGAGACACGUCAGUAGUUUCGUGAAGUUCUUCCUUUGGUUCGCUGUCUCAAUUGGGGUGGUUGAGGUCCUUCUCAUUUUUACAAUUUGGUGUUCUUUGAUUACAAAACAAAACUCUAGUAGAAAUCAACAAGGAUACAAUUUUCUCUCUCCUUUUGGGUUUAAAAGAUUUACUUACUCUGAGCUAAAACAAGCAACAAAAGGGUUCACAGGAGAAAUUGGAAGAGGCUCAGGUGGAAUAGUGUACAAAGGAGUGUUGGGUGAUCAAAGAAUUGCAGCAAUUAAGAAGCUGAACAAUAACAUCGUUGGAGCCAAACAAGAAGAAGGAGAAUUCCUCGCUGAAGUGAGCAUAAUCGGUAGGCUUAACCACAUGAACUUAAUUGAAAUGUGGGGGUAUUGUGCAGAGGGAAAGCACAGGCUUUUGGUGUACGAGUACAUGGGAAAAGGUUCUUUAGCAGAAAAUCUCAAAUCAAACACUUUGGAUUGGACCAAAAGAUACAACAUCGCUCUUGGAACAGCAAGGGGCCUAGCCUACUUACAUGAAGAAUGCCUGGAGUGGAUUCUGCAUUGUGACAUAAAGCCCCAUAAUAUUCUUCUGGAUUCAAAUUACCAACCCAAGGUAGCAGAUUUCGGCUUAUCCAAGCUUCAAAAUCGUAAUGACCAAAACUCCAAAAAUUUCUCAGUUAUAAGAGGAACGAGGGGGUACAUGGCACCUGAGUGGCUUUUUAAUCUGCCAAUAACGUCAAAGGUGGAUGUGUAUAGCUAUGGGAUCGUUGUGUUGGAGAUGAUAACAGGAAGGAGUCCGACGAGGAUGGGAACUGGGACUGAUGAAGACGAAGGAGCAAAUAAUGGGAGCCUUUUGACAAGGGUGAGAGAGAAGAGGAAGAAAACGACGUCGUGCAGUUGGGUGGAGCAGAUACUGGACGCAGCCAUUGUAUCAGAGUAUGGGGUUGAGAAGAGAAAGAUGGAGACUCUGGCUAAAGUGGCUAUGGAGUGUGUGGAAGAAGACAGAGAUGCAAGGCCCACCAUGAGCCAAGUUGUUGAGAUGCUUCAGAGCCAGGAAGAUGAUGCUUGUUAGUCAUCUAUGGCGGCUUACAAAUUUACAUGCAAAUUCUCUCCAAUAAUAUUGCAUCUUGUGAUAUGAUAAGUGUAUGUCUGACUCCAUACUCUA